ACUAAAACCCCACCUCACAAACCGCCGCUUGCGUAUCAGCCACAACAAGAGCCGCCGUCAUGAGCUCCGCAAGCGCCGCUCCGCCUCCGGACACCUCGCCAGGCCCCUACGUGGAGGGCGCGGCGGGUCAGGGGCCGCUGCAGGCCACGGGGCUGUUCACUCCCGCCGGACAGCCGCCGCUGAUGCGAGUGGAGGGAGACCGGCUGGUGCUGCGGACCCUGGAGGGCGAGGGAGCGGAGGGGGCGGGGACGGGCACGGCGGCGGAGGCAGCAGGCGGAGGAGGCGCCAGGCGCGGCGGAGAGGGCACGCCGGUAGGGGCUGGGGAGAGUGCAGCCAGUGGCGGUGGCGGUGGUGGCGGUGGUGGCGGUAUGAUGCAGCGCGGGGUGGGGGAGGCGCUGGAGGCCGUGUCAGCAACAGCAGGCGGCCAGCAGCACCCCGGACCCGCCCCCGCUGCGCUGGGUGCGGGCCUCACCACCGGGCCACCGCCACCCGCGGGCGAGGAGCUGGGCCUGUGAUGUGCGUGCAUGUACGUGUGCAGAGCCGGGAAGGCGAGGGGAAAGGCGCGAGGGAGCCGAUGAGCGCAGGGGGCGAGCGCAAGGCCGGGUGGCCUGAACCGCGGGUCCUCCGAAUGCCGUAAAGGUU